UGCCUAAUUUCACCAUUUUCUGUAUCGGACAUUCAGACGCAAGCUAAAACACAGAGAUAGAGAGACGAAGCGAGAUGAAGACGAUGACGGUGUCUCGGUCGAAUUAUCGCUAUAAGUUCGGAGUGUUAAUUUCUGGAAUUGUGCUUUCGUUGUUGUUGUUGAUCAAUGCACCGAAGAAAGCCGAAGCUUCGAAGUCUCCGUCGGCUUUUGUUCAGACCGUCAUCUACUCUAACAAGAUCGCCGUGUUCUCCAAAUCUUAUUGCCCGUAUUGUCGUCGUGCCAAACGCAUCUUCAAUGAACUACAAGAGCAACCUUACGUUGUGGAGCUUGAUCAUCGAGAUGAUGGAUCCCAAAUUCAGGAUGUGCUUUUAGAUCUUGUUGGCCGUCGCACUGUUCCUCAAAUAUUUGUUAAUGGAAAGCAUAUUGGUGGUGCUAGUGAUCUUGAAGCAGCUGUUAGGAAUGGCGAGUUGCAAGAUCUCCUGGAUAGUAAAUGAAAAAGAAGGAGAAUUCUGAAAGCUGUUGACCUCCUUUCGAUGUAGUGUUGACUUUUCUUCCUCUGAUGCAUGCAAAAUGUAAAUCGUUUACUAGUGAAAACACAGAAAAGUGAUGUCUAUUGGAUGUGUUUUACCAAAUCAUAUUACUUUCCAAAACUUAGAAUUUCUCAAUUUGUAUAUCUAGUCUCUGAAUGAAUAAGAUCAUGAAGCCAUUGCAUA